UUUGACAUUUAAUGUCACUGACAUGGAAAUACUUUGUUUUCUUCGUAAAUUGUGUGUUUUCUGAUAUAAUACAGUGUAGGAUGUAUUUUCUGAUAUAAUACAAAGAAACAGCAAUAAUUCAGUGGGCAAAAUGAUUGAAACUUGUUCUAAAAAAUGCAUGUUAUUUGGGACCGUCUGUUUAGGAAUAUUGACGAUAGUAGUGCUAAUACUAGAGUCCCAUUUGGCUGACUCCAUGUCUGGUAGUUACAAAAUGAAGAACAAGACAUUCCCUACAGAAAACAAUUCAACAUGUUGGAUGCGACAGAAAUAUUCAAUUGUUAGUGAAUGUCAUCCUUGUUCAGAUUUCGAAAUACGAAGUAAGAGCAUAGGAGUAUGUAUACACACAAGUUUUAAAGAAAUACUUAAAUGUGAAAAUGGUGAAACGGUCACAAGGAGUUGUGAUCGAGUUGCAUAUCUUGAAGAAAGAGCUUAUUGGAAGUUCACAAUAUGGUCAUUUGCUAUUGGAGCAGCUUCCUCAACUGCUGUUAUGUUACGAUUACGAGUUCUGAACUAUCAUGCAAAACGAAGAGCUAGACAAGUUCUUAGCAAUGGGGCAAUUUAAUUUAUUAGUAUUAUUUUUGAAUUCAACUGUUGAUUACUUACAACAAUGUAUUCGACAGACCACUGUCUACAUAGUUUAAUUGUGUAUGGGCUGUAAAAUAUUAUGUAGAAGAUUUAAUGACCACUAUGCCCAUUAACUCGUUGAGUACCAUCAUUAUAGACACCAUUAAAGGACAAUAGGUUGCGGUCACCGGUAACUGCUCAGUGU